AAAAAUCAUACAUGGUCCUAUUUGAGAUUUUCUCUUCUCUUUUAGUCCUAUAUGGGGCAAUUACUUAUACAUUUACUAAUGAAAAGCAAUCAAAUAGAUCAAAUGACCUGAAAGCAACCUUUUGGACAAUGCAGUACCGCGAUCCUGAACUUAGAGAUCGUAAUGUUGCUGCUUCUGCUACUUAUCUCUCGAGUUUAUUUCCAGAGGAUAAAAGGAGGACGACCUCUGUUUCUCCUAGCCGUCCUUCAGUACCCCAAUCAAAUGUUUCUAAACCAACCGUCAGCCGGUUUCCUACUUCUUCAUCCACCACCACCUCUGCCACCAAAAGCUCUUAUUAUUCUUCAUCGCGGCCGUCUUAUGCCGAAUUCCCACCACCACCACCAGUUACAGCUAAUAGUAAGAAACCAAUUUGCCCAACUACUAAAAAGACUCUUAGUAAGGUGACCCGAGAUCCCAAGAGCAAGUCUCCGGCCUCUGGCAAGUUAGCUGCUUCGUUUCUCCUUGAAGCACAUUCGUCAGCCGCUUAUUUUUUUUUUAAUUUCUAUUUCUCCUUUAGUUUUCUUCUUUCUCAAUGCAGAUCUUCUGAGGCGACUUAUGUGUUCUUUUUUUUUGUUUUGAGAAUGGG